AAAUUGUGCCAUCUUGCAAUGGAAUCUGGACCUUGUCGAGCAGCAAAACCACGAUGGUACUUUGAUCAAGGAAAGCAAACUUGUGUAGAGUAUAUCUAUGGAGGCUGUAGAGGAAAUUCUAAUAACUUUGAAACGAAAGCAGAAUGUAUGAGAACAUGUUCUGAAGAAUAA